AUGGGAGGCAUGAAUUAUCAUAUCGAGAUUUUAUUCGAAGAUGGAAUCAGCUGGCUCGCGCGCAUCCGAAGAUUCAACGCUACUUCCCCACCCCCAGAGCUGCGGGACUACAUCCUGGGCAGUGAAGUCUCAACAUUGCAGUUCUUGAGCAAAACAAAAGUUCCUGUUCCUACAGUUUUUGACUUCAAUCCGGACGAAUCAAACCCUGUCGGUGUUGGUUAUAUUCUUAUGGAGAAGUUGCCUGGGAAGUCCUUGCGAUGGUCUCUAGCUACCCCAAACCAGAGGCAAAAAGUUACUAGUCAACUUGCGGAUAUCUACAUUGAAUUGAAGGGUUUUCCCUUCCCGGUGAUGGGUUCUUUCAAUCAGCAAAACUGUUCUCAUAUUGGACCCAUUGCACGAGAGUCUUUGGCUGACUUUGAAGACCUGCAUAUGAGAAUGCUUGGGCCUUAUACGUCUUCAGAAGAAUAUUUCAACGCACACAUUCGAUUGAUAUUGGAUUUGAUAACACGACAAGAGUCCUACGUCAACCGCCCCGUCGAUGCUUUCCUGAUACACCGUUUCCUCUUAGAAAUCGUCCCCAGAAUCUUCUCAAAAAAUCAUCUCGACGAUGGGAUGUUCUACUUGAAACAUGCGGACGAAAAGGGGGACCAGAUACUCGUUGACAAUGAAUUCAACAUAACUGGCAUUAUUGACUGGGAAUGGGCGCAGACAGAUUCAAAAUCAGCAGCUUUCAAUUCGCCCAUUGUGCUUCUUCCGGUUGCCGAUUUUUACGAGGGGACUGAUUAUAUUGGAAAAGAUGAAGUUUAUUUUGCCGAGUGCUUGGAAGAGAAAGGACAUCCAGAUCUUGGGGAGAUAGUCAGAAAUGGGCGGCUUCUUCAUCGAAUCCAAUUUUGUUGUGGAUAUGACCUUGACGAUUGGGACGGGUUCAUUGGGCUUUUUUUCGGGCUGCUCAAGAUAUUGGGCAUCGAAGGGGAUUCAAACUGGGAAACCUGGAAAGCGGACGCCUUAGAACGCUAUCGAGAGGAUCGUCAGUUACAGGAAAUUCUCAGACUGUCCGAAGACAAAUGA